UGAAGGAUAGUGAGAGGAUAGGUUGAAGUUUGCUAUGCAGUGUAAAUAAAAGUUGUCGCAGAGAUUGUAAUUUGUGUUAUUGUGAAAUAAAUCGGUUAGUUUUGAUGCGAUGAGUUGAUACCAUAGAAGUGUUAUAACAAAUUGAAGUGCGUCGAAAAAAGUACUUUUUUCAAUUAUGAAAAUUUUAUUUAAUGAUGAGAAAAAGUUCGAUUAAUCAGGUAUUUAAUUUUUUUCAUCAUCAGUAAUUCGAGCGGAUAAUGCCAAAUCAUUCAUAGUUUCGAAAUUUGAUCAUGUUUUAUUUUCCCGAAUGAGGAUGCAGACAUUCUGUCUCGAUAUGGUGUCGUCAGGAUGUCUAUCACCAUAGCAACAGCCUCUCUAUGCCCCAUGUAUUCAGUUGAAAGCGCUCCAGACUUUCUGUAUUUUUCGAUAUCUUGACAUGGAUCAACCAGAAACUGAGGGUGACGAAAACCUUGAAGAUUUUAUUGAAAAAAAUGAGGCAACCGAAACGAACCAAGAAGAAAUAGAAGAAAAUAACGCGAUAUCAUUAGUGCUAUGUGAAGCUGAAGAACCACCAUCAGAAGAGUCGGCCUUUGGAAUAUCAGUUCCUGAGGUGCAGGAGAGUCAUUCAGAAGAAGUGUCCGAGAUAAAAAACAAACACGAAGUUUUGAGAAGAAGUUUUGCACAAAAUUGCCGCGAAUAUGUCCCGGACUAUGUUUGUGAAGAUUCUGUCGGUCAAGGCUGCGAAAACAGGAUGCUGGCCAGGGUUACUGAGGAUGGGAACUGGUUGAUCCGCUGGAAUGUUCAAAAACGAAAAGAAGAUGACUUUAUUGCUCUGUGUUACAAAGAGUCCAAGAGCGCUGAAGAGUGCCUCGCCAGACAGAAGGUCAGUUGUGAAGAGGACAGUACCAUGUGGCUUCUGGAUAUUCCAACAAAACCUGCAGAUUGCGAGAAACUCCUAUGUUUCCGAUACUACGAUGGAACCACCUUAGAUUACCUUGCGGAAACCGACGCCCUCAUCAUAAAACCAUCCGAGAAACUGAAGAGAUUCCUAAAACUCAAACACAAGAGCAAAUUCAACGGGAUAGAAAACACCGCAUUCCAAGAUGAAUCCGAUAUACCAGCGUUGAGGAGCACUAACUCGCUGGAAGACCUCACCAGCAAAAACAGCGACAUGAUGUUGGGCGUUAAGAAGAAAUCUUCCGGUCUUGUAAGAUCAGAAUCUACAAACAUGGGCGGCACAAAGAAGAAGAUAAAAUCGAAGCAGAAUCUCAAGAUACCUAGCAAGGAGUAUUACCAGAUAUGGACGGCUUACAGUUCGCCCUCGCCAACAGAAGAAACCAAAGAUAUAACAAUUGCUGUUAACGAUUCGAUGGAUCAUGCAGCGCCUCCCUUGCCUCCAAGGAGUUCGUCUCAUAGGCCUCUGGAGAGAUCGCAUGCUGUCAGUACAAACUUUGUUCCUCCGAUGGUGCACAGGCAGAAGAAACCAAAGAAGGUGCAGAACCCCGAAGAUACGUUUGGAUUUGAGCUCGUGGACACAGACGAAGACUACAGGACGCAUUCUACCACAUCGACCACCAGCUCUUUGUCAGACGCAGAUGUAUCCACCCCAAACUUUAAGCUGAAACAGGAUAAGAAAGAAAUGCCUAUCGGUUCUGACAACUAUAUAACGACGGCUCUGUCCAGGAACCUCGGUGAUAAUUCUAGUCUUCAAAAUGCUCAUCCAGAUUCGAACAGGAUGGACAAUCACAGUUCUAUAUCUCCUCAAAGCAGCAGUUCCAUCGAUAUGGUCGAUGGUGAAUGCAGUAACAUAGUCAAUUUGUCUCACAGGCCACUCGCGAGGUUAGGAUCACCACAGCAGUUCGAAAUCGAAGAUUCCGAUGAAGCUUGUGGCCAUCAUUCACCUUCUGGAGACCACGCGCAGAGAAGCUUUGCUCAGGUCGUCAAGCCUCACUCUAAAGCUCUGGCCAGGGUGGCAGGUACUUCAGGAAACUCUCUUGUAUGUCCUCCAACACCCACACACCACUCGAGGAAGAUACGCAAGACCGAAUUGAAACCUCCAAACCUCAAGUACCCCAGUCCGUCCAUAGAGGGCGCAGCCUCCCCGUCUCACCUGGAGGUCAGAAAGGCGGACGUACGAAAUCUAGAUACCUUAGACGGUUGGUCGGCUCCUUCGAGCUCCCACAACGAUUCUAGUCAUUCGCAAUCGGCUAAGGACAACCCUAGAUUGAGCAUCAUAGCCAUGUCGGAGUUGAGGAACAUCGAUACCAGAAGUCCGGACUUGAGACCGAAGCCUCUAAUGAGGCUGUCCAGUGACAGUAGCGAGGAGGGGGAGGCCAGCGGUGGUGUUCCUCUGCCCGUGCAAAGGUUGAGUGUUACUAGAUUGCCCUCGAUACCAGAGAGGAACCAUCGGAUAGUUACUGUACCUGAGAAUCCUGUCGAUCAGGAUGAACCUCUGCCGCCAUCUUGGGAGGCAAGGAUGGAUAGCCACGGCAGAGUCUUUUACAUAGACCAUGCGACCAGGACAACAUCCUGGACAAGACCUGGUGGAAAUGCCAGCUCAAUCUCGACCAGUGCUGGGGCAGAACAACACAGAAGGCAGCUAGACAGAAGAUACCAAAGUAUUAGAAGAACCAUAAGUUGCGUACGAUUAGAAAACAUAGAUUUCAGUGCAGCUCCACCUGGUUGCAGGCUCCUCACCAGGCCAGAUUUUUUCACUAUAUUGCAUAUGAAUCAAGAUGCUUUAUCGCUGUACAAUAGAAACCCAACGUUAAAACACAUGAUCGUAAGAAUUAGAAGAGACCCUGCUACCUUCGAGAAGUACCAACAUAACAAAGAGUUGGUAGCUCUAGUCAAUUUGUUUGCUGAUAGUUCCCUCGAUCUACCUCAAGGAUGGGACACGAAGAAGGAUAGAAAUUCAAAGGCUCCCACUCCGCCGCCAAGGACGGGAACGUCAGCUAGCACCGCUAUCAACAAUAUACCCGAUAUUCCCAUAGCUUACAAUGAUAAAGUUGUUGCUUUUUUAAGACAGCCGAAUAUUUUAGACAUAUUGCGAGAGAGGCAUCCACCCAUCGGUACAUCGCCAACUUUGAGGGACAAGGUUAAUGCUGUUAGGGUGGAGGGGACUGCAGCUUUGGACAGGUUGAGCCAUGACGUCCAUCUUACUAUUCUUCUUAGCCUCUUCGAGCAGGAGAUCAUGUCUUAUGUGCCAGUAGUAGAUAGCAGGCAGACUACGAAUGCAAGAAGUCCUAGAAGCUCUCCUCAACCCUCUCCUAUAGCGUCUCCUGGACUCAGUAGACACAGAGUGCCAGCGCCGUACAAGAGAGAUUUUGAAGCGAAAUUGAGGAACUUCUACAGGAAACUAGAAAGCAAAGGAUACGGACAAGGACCUGGAAAAUUCAAACUCAAUAUUAGAAGGGACCAUUUGCUGGAAGACGCCUUCAGAAGGAUCAUGUCGGCCAACAAGAAGGAACUGCAGAAAGGCAAACUCUGCGUUGUCUGGGACAACGAAGAGGGUCUGGACUAUGGUGGACCUUCGAGAGAGUUCUUCUUCCUGCUUUCUAGGGAACUUUUCAACCCCUACUAUGGUCUAUUCGAAUAUUCUGCAAAUGAUACUUACACCGUUCAGAUCUCACCGAUGUCAGCUUUUGUCGAUAACUACCACGACUGGUUCAGGUUCAGUGGGAGAUUGAUAGGUUUAGCAUUAGUCCAUCAGUACCUUCUAGAUGCCUUUUUUACGAGACCAUUCUACAAAGCACUACUUCGACUUCCUGUCGCGCUGUCAGAUUUAGAAAGCCUAGAUUUCGAAUUUCACCAGUCCUUGCAGUGGAUCAAAGAACACGACGUUUCACUUCAGGGCGAGUUAGAAUUAACAUUUGCCGUAACUGAAGAGGUCUUCGGGCAAGUGUUGGAAAGAGAGCUCAAACCUGGAGGUAGAAACGUGCCUGUUACAGAGAAAAACAAAAAGGAAUAUUUAGAAAGGAUAGUGAGAUGGAGACUUGAACGAGGCGUUUCGGAACAGACUGAAUCUCUGGUGAAAGGUUUUUACGAAGUAGUCGACCCUAGGUUAGUUAGUGUUUUCGAUGCCAGAGAGUUAGAGUUGGUGAUAGCUGGAACGGCGGAGAUCGAUAUAGCUGAUUGGAGGCACAACACCGAAUAUAGAGGCGGCUACCAUGACCAGCAUCCAGUCGUUGUUUGGUUUUGGCAAGCUAUCGAAAGAUUCACCAAUGAACAGAGAUUAAGACUUCUUCAAUUCGUCACCGGAACCUCCAGCAUACCUUUCGAAGGUUUCUCAGCUCUGCGCGGCUCGAUAGGUCACAGAAAGUUCUGCAUAGAGAAAUGGGGAAAGCCGAACAGUCUUCCAAGAGCCCACACCUGCUUCAACCGGCUAGAUUUGCCGGCCUAUCCCACCUCGGAGAUACUGUACGAGAAGUUGCUAUUGGCCGUAGAAGAGACGAACACCUUCGGCAUAGAGUAGUUUGCGCUGAACACUUCGAGGUGGAGGAACUUAUUUUAUACGUUUUUCAAGAGUUACUUGUGAACAUUUACCCUAUAGUAAUGCAUCUUGUACGGUGAGUGCUAUUUUACGGAGUCGAUCCUUUUUGGGAUCGAGUGUUUACGUUGUUUUUCAUGCGGAUGUUGUGCCGAACAACGUGUGUAGAUGAUGCUUAAAUCGUUUCGGUUGGAUAGAGUUAAUCUACCGGGUGAAAGAAAGCGAAAGUUGAAAUGUUUUUAUUCCGGACCUGAGAGCUUAAAAUUACAGGUAAAUUAUGCUUAAUGUGAAUUAAAUUCCCAGACGGUAAAACUGUUUUUAUCCGAGCAGAUUUAGAUAUACAUUCGAAGAAACUCCAAACUUUUAUCGAUAGAAAUUUUUCAUGGACUUUUUUUUUAAGUAAUUUUUUUUAGGUAUCAUAUUACCUCAUGAAAGAGGUUUCUAAUUUCAUAAAUAGAAAGUCAAAUACUUAUUCGAAGGAUAAAUGCUUAACAGUAUUCCACAUUAUAUUGCAUUAAAUUCUCUGUGUCUUAUUUUACGCAACUGCAACCAAAUAUUUGUACAUUGUAUAUUCGUAAGUUUUUGUAUAUAAUAAUUUAUUUUUCUUAGAAUUUUCUAAGUCUCCAGUCAUAUUUAUAAGUAUGUCAUGAUUUCUUUUAAUCAUUUCGAUUUCUUUCUCGAAUUGAAGCGAAUACUUGUUAUUGUGAAUGUGAUGAGUUCAAAGUGUGAGAUUCGUUAAUUAAUAAGGAAAAUUUUUCUCUAAUUCUGUGGUUAUUCCGUUCAUUCUUCCACAUCUUGUAGAACAAAAUCGUGCGAGAAUAUAUCAGAAACGCACAGUUUUCAUGGUUAUAUUUUAUUAUUCUAUGUUGGCACUCCGAACAUUCCGCUACGGCUUUAUCUGUCAAUUCAUCAAAUUGCCUUAAAGAAAUCAGUUCUGCCAACCAACAUUUUUCAAUGCAAAAAUCACUGAAUUAUAUUUAUGGAAAUAUUUCAUUAAUUUCAAUGAAAAUGCAAUGAAUUAGAGAAAAUAAUGUAUGAUACUCGUUCAGAAGUCUAAUUCUACCACUCGUUCAUUCCAAAACUCGCCACUUCGUGGCUCGUUUUUGAAUUUUGAACUCGUGGGAGAAUAUCAAUGCCUUCUGCACUUGUAUUAUAAAUAACUAUUCUCUAAUCCUGCAGCAAUUCCAUUCAUUCUGCCAUACCUUUUAGAACAAAAUCUUUCAGAUUUCAUGGUUAUAUUUCUUUUUUAUAUGUUGGUAUUCAGAACUCACCUGUCACAGAUUUGUCUUUCAUCUGUCAAAUUUGUGAUACGGAAAACAGUUCCGCCAACUAACAUUUUUCAAUGCAAAAUUCACUAAAUGAUAUUCAUGGAAAUAUUCCAUUAAUUUCAAUAAAAAUUCAGUAAAUUAGAGAAAAUAAUGUUUAAUACUCGUAGAGAAGGCUCAUUCUAACACUCGUUCAAUCAAUAUUGAACUUGUGGAAGAAUAUCAAUGCUUUAUGCACUUGUAUUAUAAAUAUCUAUUUUCAGAUUGUGCUGAAUCCCAAUUUUUUCCUAUUUCUCACAUUCUUGUUCAACGUAGAAAGUGUUUAUCGAAUCUCCUAGGUCUCUGUGAGACCUCUCAAAAGCUUGGGGCUUACGCAUUCAUGAUAGCAACCUAUUCUGCGAAAAUAUGUUUUCAAACUUUAGGUAGUUAUUAUUGUUACCAAUUAUGAAGUUUGUCUCUAUAUGUUGUAUUCAAAUUGAAUAUUUGUGAUUUAUAUAAUUCUAGUCAAUAAAAUUAUUUAACCAUGCACAAAUAUAGGAACGAAUACAUUUUUGAAUGUUGAUUCAUAAAAAAGGACAAGUGGUUUCGUAUAUUGUUUCAUAUAUUUGUAACAUUCCAAAAUAAAUCCUUGUUAAUUCAUUA